AUGGCACAACUGAAUCAUCAAAUUUUUGAGGAGGCAUGUGAUGUUCUCUAUCGGAAUUUCGAAUGCAAGAUCUACUUUUACCGUGAAGAACUAUACAUUUUAGGUAGAAAAUGCCUAUUGGUUCAACCUGGAUCGUGGCAAUAUUUUAAACAAUCCUGUUUCACUCUAGAAAGACGUGAAAACCACGAACAAGCCUUCAACAAUAUUAAACUUAUUGCAACUCACCUCAACGGUCCCGAUAUCAAGCUCCAUAUUUUGGUCAGAGCAUACGCCCAUGAUAUUCGCUGUAUUCGCGACGUUUACAAGGCAUUACCAUCAUUUCUGGAUGCUUUCCGACAGCUAGGGAGCGUCAGGGAAGCCCGCUUGACUAUUGAUCCCGAUCCUUCUACUAGAUUGAGAGAAAUCGAACAGCGAGGAGGAUUAUCAGAGGAGACCACGGCCAUUGUAUUGGGUUGGGUACAAUAUUACAAACAAUGGAUCGACGAAAUGGAGCGGGGGCAUUCUGCAUAA